AAUCANAUCGAAAAUAUUGAUUUUAAAAAUCCAAGAAAUUAUUUAGCUAUAGAAAACAUGUAUUUUGGAGCAAAAGUCGUCGCUUCAAUGACGCGACUGAACCUUACAGAUGAACAGAUUAAAUUUUUUCGACUACGUUGUUUGGAUUUUUACAUUGAAGGUUGCACCCAAAUUACUGCUAGAUUUCCUCUUAAAAACAACUCUAUAAAAAAAUUUCGUUUUUUGAACCCAACCGUUGUCAAAAGUGGGACUAUACAUACAAUUACAGAUGUUGCCUUGUUAUUUCCUAAUCUUAUAACUGAUCGCGAGCUUCAAAGUUUAGAUUCCGAAUGGAGACUAUUAAGAAAUAAUCAAGAAAUACAAUCAUUUAGCAAUGAUGUGCAAGUUUUCUGGCAAAAUAUUAAAACUAUUACUCUAGGCGAUAAAACACUUGUUUUUCCAGUGUUGUCUCGUUUUGUUGAGAAUAUCUUGUGUCUGCCUCAUUCUUCAGCUAAUGUGGAAAGAAUAUUUUCGUCAAUAAAUUUGUUAAAAACGAAACAAAGAAAUAAACUGAGCUCUGAAACAAUUACUGGCUUACUUUUAACUAAACAAUUAAUUGGAAAAAAUUACUGUUACGAUUUUCCUGUAAAAGAUAAUUUAAUUUCAAAAAUAACAAACAGUGUGUUAAAAAACAUACAAACGGAAGAUAUUGAAUAAUAAU